AUGCGUGUCAGCAGCGUACUGAUCGGGUUGCUCGCCUGGACGCGCUUCGGAGCCUCUGCUAUUGAGGAAGAUGCUGCUUCAUUCACUGAGCCGGCUCUUGACAGCAUCCUGCUAGAACGAGCGGCUGCAUCUUGUGGUGUAUCUGGAUACCGGCGGUCCACUCGUCCAUACCUGUCUCGCAUAUUCUCUUACGAGCUUUCCACGGCAAAGCUUUGCGGUGACAGAUGUUGGAAGGAGAGCCAAUGCAAGAGUUACUCUUUUGGCUACGGUACCUGUUCAUUGUUCAAGGUUGAAGUGUCCCGCAACUUCAAAUCCAAUAGCAGAAGUCCAUUCAAGUUCUACGAUAAAUCUUGUGCCAAGCCUGCGCAACCAAAGUGCGGGCUCAAAGGAUAUGACAACAAGGACAAGGACACCAGAUUCUUCACAAAGACCAAUUGCAACCUGGCAGCUUGUUCUGCGCUGUGUAAGAGCAAAGACCGAUGCAAAAGUAUGCGGCACAGCGGCACCACUUGCAAUUUCGCCAGGUACGUCAACUACAUCAAGGACAAGCACUACUGGGACGAGCACCACCCAGCGAAGCACAACAACGUCUCAAUCAACUACUACACGAAGCUCGACGACAUCGCAAUCAACUACUACGCAAACCACAACCACGACGAGAACAACGACGACCACGACCACCACAUCGUCGCAGUCAACCGUCACCGUCUCUAA